UUAUUUUUAAAUCUCAGCCCAGAAGUCGGACCGGUCCGGUUGGAUCGAUCUACCCGUUGCAACCCGCCGGUCCCCUCUAUAUGAGUACGAAGCUCGAACUUGAGCUUUCUCAAAAAGGGAAUACUCACUACACAGCGUUCGAAGAGGAUGAGUUGCAGCCCCGAGCUAUCGCGACUCUGUUCGCUGAUCAAAGACGUUCUCCGUCCGUACGCGGAGAAGGAUUCUGUUGAGUUAACCAAAGAUGAAGAAAAAGAUCUUCUUAUUACUCUGUCUAAGAUUUCUAGAGAAAUUCAGCGUUGGGGAGAUGAAAUCGAGUCCGACUCCGACAAUGAAACUGUGGCGAAUCAUGUUUUUGAUGUUAAAUGCCUCCCUGAAUUGGACUCACCUUCUGGAGGACAUAGCUGCCUGGUGGAGAUUGUAUCUGUUGUGGUAAUCUUUUUGAAAGUAGGAAGUCAAUAUAUUAAACAUCUGGCAGGGAAUCUUCUUGUGGUCAUCUCCAAGUUUAUUGCUAAAGCUGGAAGCAAACAGGGUGGAUUUGCUUAUUUGUUAUGCGUUUGCUUAGAAGUCGCAAUCUCCAACAAUCUUUCAUCCUUAAUGGUGUCAUCAACCUCUAGGGCCACAGAUUCAGAGUGUAAUACAUCGAGUUUCAUUUUAAUUUUACGUUCAAGACUAGAAAAUGCGAAUUGGCAUACAGUAGCUGGUCUUUUAAGAGUUUUACGUAAUAUUAUGAAAUACUUGAAGCAAAGCAAUGAUGGUGAUCUUUUAGAAGUAUACAUGCAUUCUAUCUCAAAUGUGUGUUGGGAACUAUUGAGUGAGAUUCAUGUUGGUCAGACUAGUGAAGUGCAGAUAAGCUCUGCUGGAAUUGCUUUACCGCCCAGGAAUGUUUGUUCUCCGGAGUCCAGGUUUUUGUUUCUUGGAGGCCUACUUCAACUUUUCUGUUCUCUGGUUGAGCAAAAUGGUUUGGUGGAAGCCAAAGGUGUUCUUUAUAAGAUCUUUUGCCUUGUCCCUAGGCUCUUAAAUUGGUGUUUCUACAAGCAGGAGAUUUUUAACAACGCUCGCAUUUAUCAAUACAUGAGGCACAAGAUGUUGAUGUUAAUGAUCAGGCUUAGCUUCCAAAUUAAUUGGGAAUAUUCCACGCUUGUUUUGUGGUUGGAAUUGCUUCAUACAUAUUUUGAAGACCUUAUACUACUUCCUAUCUCUGCUCGUGAUGCUCUUUUUGAUGAUUGUGUAGAAGGAUCUCCGUUUAUGGCAAGUGUUCCCAAUGUAGACAUAUAUAGAAUAAGCACUCGCCACUUACAGAGACAGGCUAUCUUUCUCUUCCUUAAAUGUUCCCUCAAUUUGAUCUCCUUUGGUCAAGAAACUGAGAAGGAAUGUGCUUGGCCGAUUUCAAAUUAUUGUUUGACCUUUGAAUCACAACCUGACCUCGAAAGUUUCUAUCGAAAGAAGGGUCUGUCAGAACUUUCUGAAUGGCUUAAUGUGCACCUGCCUUUGGAAGCAUAUAAAAGCUAUCCAAUGUACUUGGAAAAAUGUAACAUCUUCGCCAUAUCCUUCCUCCAGCUAUAUAUAGAUGAGGAUGAUUUAUUAUUUGAAGUGCUCUUGCAACUGUUGACGCUUCGCUUUCUUGCUGAGCAAUUCGAUUGCAGUGAUGGAUACAAGGCUUUUGGGGAGGUGAGCGGAGAUAUCCUCUUUCAUCUUUCAAGCGUUUUUAACCCGAUACACCUUUUCCAUAUAUUUCUUGCUGAGUUACACUAUGAUCACCAAGUGCUUCUUGAUUACCUUAUUUCGAAAGAUACCGGAGUUAAUUGUGUGCAAUACCUUUUAAGGUGCUUCCGUACAAUUUUUAAAUCAUGGCAUAUUUUUGUGAAAUUUUCGGGGUGUGGGAGUGAGAUAAGCCAGCCAUCUUGCAAGAAAAGGAAGAUCAUCCUAGACAGUCAAGAUUCUAGUGGGAAAGUUGAUCUUCUAUGUGGUGAAACUCCUGUGGCACUUGACAGGGACCAGAAGAGAAACCAUGAUGCUGCCAGAAAGCCAUAUGAUGAGAUGCCAAAGCCUUUCAAAAAUGCCAAAGACUGUCUUCUAUCCUUGAAAGGAUCCAUGAAAAAUCUUCAUCAGAAGAAUUUGUUUCCAUAUAAUCCAACAGCACUUCUGAGAAGCUUCACGAGAUUUGAAGAGCUCUGCCAUCGGAAGAACGAGCAAGUUUUACACUUUCGAUGCAUGACCUAGUAACUUAUGCCUGACCAAUCUCGAUCACCAUCAAUUUAUUCGCAUGAUCAUACAAAGGGGCAGUCCAAAACUCAGCUCAGCUUUGCUCAUCUAUAGCCUUAAUCACUCUACAAGUGCUGCAUAUUGCAGGGGUUGUUGCUUGGAGCAAUGGUAAAGGGCUCUUUCCGCCUGCGUAGUGGUGCGGGUUCGAGUCCUGGGAACCAGCCUCUCCGUAAAGGGGGGAGGCAAGUGAAGCAUAUUGCUGAGUUGUGGAGAAGCGAUCGUUUAGCUGCUGGAAACCAGCUUAGGCUUGCCUGCAAAACACCUAAAUGGCUUCUUCAAAGAGCAAACCAGUUUUUUCCAUCUUGAUCACUACUCUCCAGGCCCCUCACCUCAUCUUGCUCUUGGUGUUGGCUGAUACAAGGACAAUACCCUCACCGUUCUUGUGCAGGAUGACAUGGGCAUCUGAAAGUCUAAGCACAAGAUGGAUGGUGAGUGGGUGAGGUGAAGCCCCAUCCCUGAUUCUUAUAUCAGCAAUGUCGGUUACAUUAUUCCGGUACGGAGCAACGUACAAAAGCGUGGAUCACAGUGAUGCGGAAGCGUUUGGAGCAGCUGGUAGAUGAGGGGGAUAAAAAACCACCUGUCAAGUACAGGGAAUAUAACUGGGGGAAGUUCUUCAGUACAGCUUAGCAAUUUCAAGAAGCUUGACAUAUAAAACAUCCAGAUUAUUUAAUUCAAGGUAACUUGAAUAAGUACCGCAUCUACCAUAUCAUGCCAAUAUCAAGGCAUAUAAAUCUCAAUUUGAAAUAUAGCUAAAAUAAGAAAUAGAACAUGUCCUAGAUUUGGACACUUGAGAUUUCUAGUUUUCUACUGGACCGUUUUGUCAGUCAUCUUUUUUAAGUUACUUCUUUUAUAUUUAUGAUUCUAGGUUUUGGAUUGUUAAUUAGUAGAUAGGAGUUGAUUAAUAAUGAAUUGGAUGCCAAGCCAUACCAUGAGCAAUUGAGCAUAGAAAGAUGAGCAAUGGAUCUGAGUCCAUUUUCAGCUA